CUUGAAUGAAAGAAUCAAACCAUCACAGGCAUCACUUUGUCUCAGCAAACUUAUAUUUGUUUUCCAACUUGAUACUGCCACACUGUGUUUGCUGCUCUAACUGUGUCAUUUCUCUAUCCCUGUCUUACAACCCUCAUUGACAACCUCAUCCCGGUCUCUCAUCCCACCUUGCCUAAGAUCUACUAUUUCAUGCGCGACCAUUGAUCAGCUCAGAGUAUAUUCCUUUCGUACUCUUCUUCAAAUCUCCACCCUUCGAUUGCCUAGUAGUCUUUCGAAACUACCAUCGGCAGAUCUCGCUCUUGCCUUGAUCCAAAUUUCGGCGCAUCGUUCCAUCCUCCUUCAUUCAUUUCUCCGCGAGCAGCACAUUGAACCAGACAAUAGAUGAAAGCCUGAAGAGGUGGAAGAUAACUCAUCCGACGGAGGAAGGGUUCGUAGGGCUGGCGCACACUAGGAGAGUGUUGGUUAAAGGUGUUGUGACUGUCGAGGGUCAUCGAAGCAGUCCGAGUUCCGCGCCCAAGCCAAUAUCUCGACAGUGGAUGAGCCCCUCCGGACGCUCUGUCAAGUUUUUGAUCGAAGGGUCAUCCCUAAUGCCUCUACAAACUGCGUAAUCGGACAGAUAUGGAAUCACGGGAAUUUGCGACCAGAGACGAACUGUGGCGCAUUCAAGAGACUCUCAGCGAGCUCUCCGCAACCCAAGCCGUGCAUUCCGACAGAAUCAUGCGUUUGGAGCAGAAAACGUCGGACGGGAGUAGAUCACGGACUCUUUGGGGAGCAUCAUCUCCAUUUGCCGGUGGUCUUGGCUCAUCACAGCACGAAUCUACUCUGAACCCUGCGGCUGAGGCCUUUCGCAAUUUUGAUGCCGAGCCUGCUGCAAGUAUGAUGAGUUCAUUGACCUUGGAUGCCAACGAUGAAUCGAGGCGGGCCGCGGCAUCACGAGCCAAUUCCGUACGUUUCGAUGAAAGCGCAAACAACCAUUACGCAUCAUCUAGACAAUCAAUGGAACUUCCCACCCGAACGGGGAGUGGUCUUGGAGGUCAUGCACUCUCGGAGAGAUCUCUAUCACAUCGUUCAGACGGAAGACCCAGUGUUGCCGGGUUUGGUCGGACAAACAGCUUUGGUUUGGAGCAGAGUCGCCUGCUUGGAUCCAUAAACAACUCUCCGCGCGCCUCAGGACAUCCACCCCCCGGCUUCUUCGCCCUAGGCCCCUGCCCCUCAAUUAUACGUUGUUGGCUGACCGAGUCGUUUUCCAAUGAUUCCCUCCUCUACGCUGCUAUAUGCACUGGCUCUUCCAUAUCUUCGGUAAGCAUCGCUCUCGUCUCCAAACUCGAUUUGAUGGACUCCAUCUUCGAUGACGGCGACUUGCGUGCCAUUCGACUUCCCGUGUAUCUCACUGAGGCGAAAAUCCAUUCUCCUGCUGUCAGAUCCGCGAGCCCAGUUCCCCAUGUUCCAACCCUGACUGUCAAGUUCAUGGUCGACGAGCAACCAGUCAGCGACACGUUAAUACAGAUCAUCAUGGGUAGCGACAUACUGAGAAGUCACAAUGGCGAUGUCCUGUUCUCGCAAGACAAAUUAAUGAUUUUCGACGAGGAGCGAAAUUUACUUUCCAUACCUCUUGUCCGUCCCGAAGAUGAUGCCUCGUAUAAGGACUUGUGCACGGCACCCCGCAAGCGAUCGACGUCCAUUGAAGGAGCCAUGCUACCACCUCCAGUAUCUCCAGUCGGGGUAAUCGGGCGUCCUGGAAGGUCGAACACUGCCCAGAUAGUGGCCUCGCCAAUGGUGGCACCAUCCAGUAGUGUUGCAUCAGCCACGCCGUCUGAGCCUGGAGACAUGCGUAGAUCCGACCUUCAUGCCGAACAAUCCACCAGAUCAAGCCUAGAUCUUGCACAUUCCCGGCCUGCGGAUGACUCCAAGUCGACGACAGGAAGCGAGAAAUCGUUCGGCACGCCCAUGUCAAAAUCUGGUCAAGGGGCGUGGUCGAAUUCUUGGCGGUCAGUUUCGACUUCUACGCAAAACGAUACGGCUCCGAAGCCUUCGUCCACUUAUGCGCGGCCUAGUGCGUCACGUCCUAUGAAGAUUCUGCGACCAGCCAAGACGAUGGCCAACGCGACGAGAACAGCAUCUACUCCAAUGGGACCUAAUGGAACCGACGCUCCCCCCAGGCCAGGCGAAUUUAGCAGAAAGCCCAGCCAAACCGACCUCAAGGAAAAUGCUGCGAAAUCAGGUUAUUCCGCGUCGACCACAAAGACCAAUCCGGUUGGAUCUGGUACUGCCUUUGGCUGGCUCAACACUGGUCCGCAGCGUAGAACGACGGCCAAUGGGUAAAAUGGUGCGGCAAGUGAGUUAGUGUUUUGAUGGAUGUGACUAUGUUUUUUACGGACGGGAGGUGCGGUGCUUUGAAAGAUGAAUGAGUACAAAGGGCAGAUGGUGUACCAUCAAUUCAGAUCCGGUUUCCUCGAGAUUUCUUUUGGGAGAGAGGCAUAACAUGUAUUCUAGGUAGAGGAUGCCACCUGGAACCGAAUGUGAAGGUGAAGAAAGAUUCGGCUUUGGCACAAGGAAGACAAAAAACCCAGAUAAAUUUACUAGGUAGCCACGAGGCUAGAAUCAAAGAAGCAGAUGAAUGUUUU